AUGGACAAACUGAAAGGGUUCAUCGUAGAAGAAGUCACUGUUUCAAGACUGCAAGCCCAUUACGACAAUGACGACUUCACAAUCGCGGAAUACGUGGCUUACUGUCUAGACAGAGUUCGACAACUAAACCCGUACCUCGAAGCUAUCAUCGAAACCAAUCCCGACGCAAUAAAAAUUGCUCAAGAGCUUGAUAUCAAUCGUGCUGCAGUGAAAGACAGGAGCUCAUUGUAUGGCAUUCCCGUGCUUGUCAAGGACAAUAUUGCGACCGCGGAUGCUAUGCAAACCACGGCGGGGUCCUGGGCUCUGCUUGGUAGCAAAGUACCUAGAGAUGCAUUCGUGGUACAGAAGCUCCGCGAUGCUGGAGCAAUAAUACUAGGACAUGCUAAUAUGAGUGAGUGGGCAUCUUCUCGAUCCAAGACCUAUUCAACUGGAUACAGUCCACGUGGAGGUCAGGUCAGGAAUCCGUUCGAUCUUCGUAAAACACCUUUCGGCUCGAGCUCAGGCUCUGCCGUUGCAGUCUCCGCGAAUAUAACAAGUAUCGCUCUUGGCACAGAAACAGACACCUCGAUAAUAGGACCAGCUGGAGUCAAUGGAGUAGUGGGCGUCAAGCCGACGGUAGGAUUGACGUCAAGAUCGGGGGUGAUACCUAUCAGCACAAACCUGGAUAGUGUAGGGUCUUUUGGCCGGACUGUUGCGGAUGCAGUUGCUGGCUUAACAGUUAUUGCUGGCAUUGACGUUCAAGACAAAUUCACGCAGGUUUCAGAGAGGUAUCAACCUGAUUCAUACACCGAUUUCAUUUCGACUCGAGAACAGUUAAAGGGAGCUUACUUUGGAUUGCCCAUGAAACUUUGCUGGGACACUUGUCCGCCAGACUGCAAGGCUGUUGCGUCAGCAGUGCUAGACGUCAUGCGUGAGGCCGGGGCUAACAUCGUCGAGGUUGACUUGCCAAGCGUGGAAGAACGAAUCGACCCAAGUGGAAGCUGGAACUGGGAACACGGUGCUCCGGACAAGUCUGAGUGGACUGUAGCAAAGAUAGAUGCCUAUAAUGACAUCAAUGCUUACCUGCAACAGCUGUGUGAUAGCAACAUGAGGUCACUCGAGGACAUUGUCCAGUAUAACAGUGACAACAAUGGCAGUGAGGGUGCAGUUCCUGGGACUGUCCCUGCCUUUCCAACAGGACAGGACAAUUUGCUGGAGAUUGUGCAAGCCAAAGGUAUUCGAAAUGUUACAUAUCAAGCUGCACUAGACCAUAUCCGCCGUCAGACAAGGCAGAACGGUAUCGACGCAGCUUUGUCCUGGCAGGACCCCACGAGCAAUCAGACCAAGACUGAGGCCGAAGCUCGACAUGCACGAGUAGCAGAGAUCUACCAACAGGCCCAGAACAAUACGCAAACACCUACGCAAGCCCCGCCACCCUCAUACAACGAAGCCGUUUGCGACGUGUUCUUGGGCACCACAACGAUUGUCGAGGAGAAGCCGCGUCAGCUGAUACCUGAGCCCCAGUCUCAAGUGCACCAGGAGAAUGCUUGCACAGCUCGACCCGCCUCACCUCGAACCUCAAUAUACUCUGUACCCUCCACAAGGUUGACGGACAUCACCUCUAUGCAUACAGGUGCUACGGCUGUGCCUACACAUCGUGGAGAUUCCCCAAGAUCGAGCUUAGCCUUUGACAGUGCACCACCCUCGUACUACGAUGAUAGGAGUAUGAGAGAAAGAAGUCGAAGUCCAGACUAUGAAAGAGGGCCGCAAGGGGAGCAAGAACCGCAUCCUGUCAUGGCCGACAACUGGCUUGACCGCUUGUUGGCUGCUGCAGAACGAGACGGCACAGAAGUACGCAAUACUCGCAGGUGA